GGUCGAAAUAUUACACGCCCUCGUAUUGCUUCUCUUAAAAACAUGUAACUUAACCUUCAUAUUAUUGAUAGAUAGGCAACUAUCAAGUCCAACGUACGAUCAUAAUUAUGUAUUUAACAAUGUUUAUAAAUUACAUUGAGAGUGUAAUCAUAUCAUAUUCUUAUCUCGUAAACGUAUCGACACCUCCAUAAGUUAAAUAAAAAAGCCGACUUUCCUCAUCAAAGUACGUGUUUAUAUGGUUCACCAUAUAAACCAAAACAAUUAUUUCCAGGGCGCGCCAUAUCACUAAAUCAUCUUCAUGAAUUAACGAUACCAAGAUGGUUGGUUUUGGUAAAGACCUCCAUUACUAAUUUAAGGUGUGGCAAGUGUAGUGCAGGGUCAGUUAUUUUCUACAAAAACGUAAACGGCUUUUAGAUGUCUUUCAGGUUUGGUGAAAUAGACAGGCCGUUUUAAAUUUUUAAAGUUAUCGUUACGAAACUUACGAAGAGAACUGUAUGUUUAUCUCUAAAUUAAGCAGUGUUAUUUUAACUAAGUGAUCUUUAACAAUUUGUAAUUUGUAUGUACUUAUAGAUAAGUACUGUACUUACAAGUUUUAAAUAUUGUAUAUGAAGUAUAUUUAUUGAUACAAUUUAUAAAUAAAGACAAGCAAAAAGUAUAUGAGCAUGGUUUGAAUGUAUUUUCGCAGUCAGGUUGACAACAUUAGUGUUACACCACUUAUGAAAAACCGGGACAUACUGUCAAUGUUAUGAAAUAUUAGAACAGUCUACAAAGUGUAGACAAAAAAGAUACAUUAGGUUACAGACAUGUCAACGGCAGAGGAAGAUACAAAUGUUACUGCAAUGUCCCAGAUGAAAUGGAAGGAAAAUGUAUACAUUCCGAAAGCAAGAGUGGUUGUUGACGUUACGGCACUGGACACGCCGGAGGGAGUACUGCGUCAUAAAAAGCAUUACCUCAAUAACAAUGACCGUACUGAUAAUGAUAUAGACCUGUUACAAAUCCAGGACCAGGACAGUUUCGUCCAACGUAAAGAUGCUAAAGCAAUAUUCCGAAAAUCUCGACCGAAUUCCGUUGUCAUUGAAUCCCCGCUGGGAUCAUUUGAUUGUCAAGACGAUACCGUAAAGAGAAGGUCGACUGAAAUUAAAGGCAGUCAAAAAGAAAAGAAAGUUGGAUUGCAAUAUAAUGAUGCCGAGUCACUGUAUAUGAAUGAAUUGUUUUCUAAGGAAACUAAAGUUGCAAUGGGAUCGAAUUAUAAGAAUAGUCCUACAUCGUUAUACAAUGCCUUGCGACCUCUCCUUACAACCAUGCGAGCGUUCGGUCUUUUCCACAGUGGCGAGAGAGGAGGCAAAGCCAGGCAUAUCACAAUUUCAAAGGUUUAUUCAGUGAUUAUCAUUAUACUUCUAUGGGCCAACUUCGUGCGUUAUUUCGCUGUAUAUACCUCACAUAGCUGGUAUGGACCCGGGCUUUUCUUUAGGAUCUGUCGUCAUAUAUUCUUUCUUCAGGCUGCGUUGGGGGCCACUACAUGUUACUAUACGGCCAUGCACAUCCCAGAAUUUUUCAAGGAGUGUUAUCACCAUAUGUCCAAUAGGGACGAUUUAUCUUAUCGCACACACUUGACAGUAUGGUCUAAGAUUUAUGUCAUAGUUGCUGUUCUUGUUACAAUUGGACACACAGUUCUCGUUGGUUUUUGGAUAAAUACCAACGGUCAAAACUCCGAAUUCGAAUUCUUACCAUUUUAUGGUAGAAAUGACACGUUUCCUGCGUUCAUUCGCGUUUUCCAUUCUGUAAUUACGGUCAGCUGUACUCUUGCUUGGGCGUUCUCCACCUGUUUAUUUAUUUUGUUUUGUAUAACGUUGAAAGAGGAGUUCGCACGGUUCACUAAGAAGUUCAAGCUUGCUACGAGUGAAGAUGGAACGUUCGACGGUGAUAUGGAACAGUUUCGUCGUGCCCAUAACAAGAUAUGUGGGUUGGUGAAUCGUGCCGACAGUUUGUUUAACUUCAACACCGUCAUCGUCUACACAACCGAUGCUGUUGUCAUGAUCUUUGUCAUGUACAAUCUGCUAGCUGAGCUACAUCGGUGGAAGGAUCCUAUCUAUCCCAUCAUGGAAGGGGCGUGGUUGGUCGCUACGUUAGGCCGCUUCCUCGUUGUCACAUGGUGCGCAUCCAUGUUGAAUGAAGCGGGCGGAGAACCACUAAAUUAUCUUCAUGAAUUAACGAUUCACGAGGACCAAGUGUCUUUCAACAAGAUGGCGCAAAUUGGUGUGUUUGUUGAGAAGUUAAACGGAGGUAUUGGAUUUACCGGAUGGAAGCUUUUUACCAUAACGAGGGAAACAUUUAUAUCUGUAUUGGUCGCUGUGGUUGCCUAUUUUCUCCACGUGACAAUAAUGGAACUGGCAUUCAACCCAGUAGGCGCCCCAAACUGUCAAUGUCCAUGCCUACCUCCUUGGCAUAAUGUUACAAAUGAAACGAUAGAUGUUUCCACCGUAGCCACAUCUCAUUUUCUAGGACAUUCAUCAUUAUAGAAAUACAGCCGAUGUUGAUAGAAUAGUAAAAGUUGCAACCCGGGUUGCAGACAUAGAAUAU